CUCAACUCGCCUCUUCCCACCAACCUUGAGGGAGAGUGCAAAAAGGCAGCAAAAAUUCUCAACAGUUUUAUUGAUCCUGGUCAAGGUCUAGAUAAGGUCAUUCCAACAAAUAUUAUUGAUAAUGCCCAGGGUUUAGCUAUAUACACUGUUCUCAAGGCAGGCUUUUUAUUCUCUGGUCGCGCUGGUAGCGGCCUUGUGGUGGCUAGGCUUUUUGUUACAAGGUGGUCUGCUCCUUCAGCCAUCGGAACGGGAGGCAUGGGUGCAGGUGGUCAAAUUGGUGCGGAAUUGACGGACUUUGUGUUGGUGCUUAAUACAAAGGAGGCCGUAAAGACCUUCAGUCAGUUUGGUAAUGUUACUCUUGGUGGCAACGUUUCAGUUGCCGCUGGUCCUAUUGGUCGUAAUGCGGAGGCAUCUGGGUCUGCUAGUUUUAAGCAUAUUGCUGCCAUUUUCUCUUAUAGCAAAACAAAGGGAUUGUUUGCAGGAGUAUCCAUUGAAGGAUCUGUGGUUGUGACUCGAGGAGAUGCAAAUGAGAAGUUUUAUGGGAAAAGAGUGACGGCAAAGGAAUUGUUGGGUGGAAAGGUACCCCCUCCCCCAGAAGCUGAUAUUCUAUACAGAGCCUUGAAUGCAAGAUUCCAUUCAUUAGGAAAUACGGGUGCAAUGUACAAUCGUAGUGAAAAUCAAUCAAACACCUUUAGAAGCUCGUCAAUUUCUGCUCCUGGGCAUCUACGACAACCACCUUCCGGCCAAUCAAAUAUAGGACGAUAUGGAGCCCCACCUCCACCUCCAUCAACCCAAAAUUAUGGAGCAUCUAAUCCUCCAGCUCCAAGUAGCUACAAUCCAACUCAUACAAGCACACCGCCUGGGAAUUAUUCUGCCCCACCUCCUUCUUACUCUCAGCACAACCAGCUCCCAGGUGGUCUAUCUGCAUCUACAACUGCCAAGCGGGCCCCACCUCCACCUCCACCAAUGUCACGUAAGCCACGAGAAGUAACAGCCAAAGCAAUGUAUGAUUUUACUGGUGAACAGCAGGGAGAUUUGAGUUUCAAGACAGGUGAUAUUAUUACCAUUGUUGAAAAGAGUGAUAGCCAAGAUGACUGGUGGACUGGACGUAUCGGUACUCGACAGGGA